GCAGCAAAACCCUAACCCUAGCUGCGGACGCCGUCGCCGCCUCCGCGCCCAACCGAUGUCUGAUUCUGAGGCGUCCCCACCGCCCACUCCGGCCGCCGCAACGCCCGCAGCGCUGGUGGAGACCUCCCCGUCCUCGGCGAGGAAGGAAGAACUGCUGCCUGUGGAGGAAAAGAUCUCGGAAUUAAGUGAAUCACAAUCAGAGCUUCUAGGGAGGCUCCGUGGGCUUAAGGAGGAUUUGCUGAGUUGGAGGAGUAAUUUAGACUCCCAAGUGACGAAAUACAAAGUGGAACUCUCUGACAUCAAGAGUGCACUCAAUAAUGAAAUAGAGCAGCUUCGCUCAGAUUUCCAAGAGCUGAGGACCACCCUUAAGAAGCAGCAGGAAGAUGUGUCACUUAGCUUGAAGAAUUUGGGGCUUCAAGAUGCUACCGAAAAUGAUGGGAACAAAGGAAAUGGAGACGGCACAAAUGAGGUCUUGUCAGCUAACUUGGGGAACUUGAAACUGGAUGGUUCUUCUGAAAACUAUGAUGAAAGCAGAGAGUCAAAGGAGGACAAGGUGGUAAGAAAUUAGUACCCAGUUACAUGGAUGACUAGAAAAUAAGUAGGAACACACACUCGUAUUUUUCUUUUCCAGCUGGAUGGUUCAAAGCAGUCUCUUCGUUGCGAGGGACCAAACAUGCUCUGGCAUAUAGAACAUCUGCAAUGCUAGGAUCCCAUCCUUUUCUUAUAUGAUAAAAAAAACUUAUAAACACCAAUAAAAGAAAUCAAAUGUUAUUUGAGAAAUUCAGGUCUUUUCAUCCUUUUUCAAGAUGAUAUACUGUAACUGGUUAUGGGGUGGAGUUUACAAUGAAAGGUUUCACACUAUCUUUUCCCUGAUCGUUGAGUGUGCUGAAUCAUGCACCAAGAGUUAUGACAGAACUUAACAUGCGCUGAUGAUGGUUUAAUUUGCUGCAGGGUCACCACAGUUUCUUAGUGGAGAGUUCUCCCUGACCUUUUCCUUUCUGAUGGCUACAGGAAAACACCGACACUGCUGGUGAUGGCAUCGUCGACAAAGCUACUAAGGAGACGAGCUCAACUGAUGAACAAUUCUAACACAGGAAACUGAACUACACUGUUCGUGUCUCAGCUGUAGAAAUUCUAGGAACAUCGAUACAUGAGUUCCUGUAAGAGAGCGAGUCCAUGCUUUGCUAUGGCUCAGUCGGGUUGGUUAUGGAACUCUAUUGGGACCUGUGAGUCGUGAGGAUCCAAAUCUCCUCUAGAAUUGUGUACCAAUUGAAAGUUACGAUAUGGUAUCAUGGACAUUUGCUCACCUGAAUGCAUUUCAGCUGGUUUGUCGUUUGC